GACUCGCUCGGAUCCAGCCGUCUUGCGGCUUUCUUCUCCUGUGGUAGUUCUCCGGGCACCGGCCUGAUGUCCGACCUACCUCAGCUUCUGAAACCUGUUUGACAAAUGUUUCACCGGUGUGCGGAAGAGGAGAGAGACACCAGCUUUAUCCGAACAUAUAAACCAUCAUGAUUCCCAUCACUGAGCUCCGGUACUUUGCUGACACCCAGCCAGCUUACCGUAUCCUGAAGCCAUGGUGGGACGUUUUCACCGACUACAUCUCAAUCGUCAUGCUGAUGAUUGCAGUGUUCGGUGGGACGUUGCAGGUCACACAGGACAAGAUGAUCUGCUUGCCUUGCAAGUGGGUCGUCAACAUGUCAUGUGAGGUCAUGCCUAUGCCAAAUGUGACCAUCCCCUAUGCACCGGAACCCAAAGGCAUUCAGUAUGACCUCGACCGACAUCAGUAUAACUACGUAGAUGCAGUCUGCUAUGAGAAAAAACUACACUGGUUUGCUAAAUAUUUCCCCUAUCUGGUGCUACUCCACACUUUAAUCUUUCUGGCCUGCAGCAACUUCUGGUUUAAGUUCCCUCGCACAAGCUCUAAAGUGGAGCAUUUUGUCUCCAUCCUCCUUAAGUGCUUCGACUCCCCGUGGACAACCAGAGCUUUGUCUGAGACUGUGGUAGAGGAGAGCGACCCCAAGCCUGUGGGAAAAACAAACGGUUCAAUGGACAAAAAGGCGUCAAGUGUGAGCGAGGAUGUUGAGGCCAGUGUGCCCAUGCUCCAACGAACCAAGUCCAGAAUUGAACAAGGAAUUGUGGAUCGCUCUGAAACUGGAGUUUUAGAUAAAAAGGAAGGGGAGCAGGCCAAGGCCCUUUUUGAAAAGGUCAAGAAGUUCAGGAUACAUGUAGAGGAAGGUGAUAUAGUGUACCGCCUUUACAUACGUCAGACCAUUAUCAAGGUAAUAAAGUUUAUACUGAUAAUUAGCUACACAGCCUACUAUGUAAGACACAUCAACUUCAAUGUGGUGUGCACAGAGAACAUUCAGAAUCUAACAGGGUACACCGCAUUCUAUUGCGCUCAUCCUUUAGCAACUCUUUUCAGGAUUUUGGCCUGUUUCUACAUCUCCCUGGUGGUGGUUUAUGGUCUCAUCUGCAUGUAUACUCUUUGUUGGAUGCUUAGCCGCUCCCUGAAACGAUACUCCUUUGAAGCAAUCCGUGAGGAAAGCAGUUACAGCGACAUCCCAGAUGUAAAGAACGACUUUGCCUUCAUGCUACACAUGAUAGAUCAGUAUGACCCUCUUUACUCCAAGCGCUUUGCUGUAUUUCUGUCAGAGGUGAGUGAAAACAAGCUGAGGCAGCUCAACCUGAACAAUGAGUGGACACUGGAGAAACUGCGGCAGCGUAUUACCAAGAAUUCCCAGGAAAAGCUGGAGCUGCACCUCUUCAUGCUCAGUGGGAUUCCAGACACAGUGUUUGAUCUGGUUGAACUAGAAGUGCUCAAGCUGGAGCUUAUUCCAGAUGUGACCAUCCCCCCAAUCAUCGCCCAGCUUUCCAACCUGAGGGAAAUGUGGCUUUAUCACACCCCAGCUAAAAUUGAGGCUCCAGCUCUGGCAUUUCUAAGAGAAAAUCUAAAGUCCCUCCACAUUAAAUUCACUGAUAUCAAGGAGAUCCCGUUGUGGAUCUACAGCUUGAAGAAUCUCAGAGAGCUGCAUCUAACUGGGAACCUGAGUGCUGAGAAUAAUCGUUUCAUUGUCAUCGAUGGGCUCAGAGAGCUCAAAAGUCUCAAAGUUCUACGGCUUAAGAGCAACCUUACUAAGCUUCCCCAGGUAGUAACAGAUGUGGGUGUGCACCUUCAGAAGCUCUCCAUCAACAAUGAGGGCACCAAACUGAUGGUGCUUAACAGUCUGAAGAAAAUGGUCAACCUGACAGAGCUCGAGCUCAUUCGCUGCGAUCUCGAACGUAUUCCGCACUCUAUCUUUAGUUUGCACAACCUGCAGGAGAUCGACCUGAAGGACAACAAUCUGAAGACGAUAGAGGAGAUCAUCAGCUUCCAGCACCUGCACCGCCUUGUGUGCCUGAAGCUGUGGUACAACCAGAUUGCCUACAUCCCCAUUCAGAUUGGAACACUUACCAACCUGGAAAGGCUCUAUCUAAAUAGGAACAAGAUAGAGAGGAUCCCAAGCCAGCUUUUCUUCUGCCGCAAGUUGCGCUUCUUAGACCUGAGCCACAACAAUCUGACCAGCAUCCACCCAGAUGUGGGAUUCCUCCAGAACCUGCAGUAUUUUGCUGUGACCGCAAACAGAAUUGAGACGUUGCCCCCAGAGCUGUUCCAGUGCAAGAAACUUCGUACUCUGAAUCUGGGGAACAACUGUUUGCAGACGCUGCCAUCACGCUUUGGCGAACUGACCGGGUUGACUCAGUUGGAGCUGCGAGGGAACCGUCUGGAGUGUCUCCCGGUGGAGCUUGGCGAGUGCCGGCUUUUGAAGAGGAGCGGCUUGGUGGUGGAGGAGGACCUGUUCAACACCCUUCCACCAGAAGUCAAAGAGCAGCUUUGGAGGGCUGAUAAGGAGCAAGCCUGAGCGAACAGAGUGGACAGUUGCAGAGGAGAGAACUUUGAUGAGAGGAACAAAGAAGCGUGAUUUUGUGAAGUCUUGAAGGAGAUGCAGCAGUUCUGGCCAUACAGGCACAGGAAAAUGAUGGCUUUUGGAAUUGCCUUUUAGGAAAAGUCACAUUUCCAUCAAUGGAAAAAAUUAGCUUGGUGAUGAAAGGUGGUUCAGUAUCGUGGCCUUUCAGUGUUUCAUCCUGGCUGUAAAGUUGCAAGGAUGUCGACAGGUGAUAUUGAAUAUGCAUGCCAUAGUAGGAACUUUCCAAAGCAAACCUGUUUAUUUAAACUUUGCACGAUUCAGCCUUGCCAGUGAUCUACAUGUGCUGAUUAUCACUACUUUGCUAUCCACAGGAAAUAUGCACAAAGGAGUGUUUGCCUGACAUUCUCUGGCCUUGAGAGUGAAAAUCACUUUUGAAUUGCCUCACAGUGCUAGUAGAUGUAAGUAAAUUAAUUACAGUGCAACUGAUAGCCAAUUUGUUGAGGCAUGAAGCUUCACCGUGUUUUUUUUCUUCUGGCUCUUAAUGCUCGACUUGCUCGGAGGCAUCUUUUUAUGUAGACAAAAUGACUGAUGAAGAUUUGCAAAUCAUCCUACGGGUGAUCUCACAGCUUAGGCCUUAGCUCAAGUGGACAGACUUCAAAGGAAAAAAAAAAGCUGUCAAAUAUUCAGUGGAAACAAAUGGGAACAAACUCUACAGAACAGUCUAAAUACCCUGCAGUUGUUAAAUUAUAACUCUGUGGGGCAGGCUGUUUGUUAACUGCAUGGGGAGUUAUGGUGGAGAAAUCCACUUUCUUCUUUUAAUCUUUGUUUUGGUUCAAGAAACAUCAUAAUUCUUUAGGGAUGUUAUUUUAUAAGACUUAAUAUGACACCUUGUAACGUGCUGGAGAAAGGCCAAGAAUUUAUUCUGGUGUAGUUUUCAAUUGUACCAUGUUUGGGCCUGUGACACAGGCUGUAUUAAGGUGAAUGCAGCAUUGUAUUUUUGUUUCUGCAUUUAUUUUAAAAUUAUUUUCAAAGAUAUACCUUUAGUUCUUUUGCAUCUGCUAUGUUGUAAUUACAGUGUAAUUACACAAGGUUAGCAGCCCUCACAUUACCAGUCACAGGUGAAUACUUUGUUUUGGGUUUUUUGUUUAUUUGUUUUUUAAAUUAAAAUAUAUGAAGCUUACACACUGCUAAAUCACACAGCGAGUAGAUAAUACACUCCAAUAAAAUGAACACAAAUGAAGGUACUUUUUUUCUUCUUUAAUACGCCUUAUGAUUUGGGGUUAUGAGCCUUUAGAUGCUUAUUAAAUGUGUGGAACCCGCAAGGGGAUGAACUGCAGAUACGAAAUGGUAAAGUUAGGUACCUACUGUCUGAGAAGUGUUGACUCGAGCUGAAGAAGUGGACACUUGAAGCAUCUGACACUUAGAUCCUUUUCUAAGUGUCAGAUAAGGACAGACGGGAAAUGAGAGAGUGGGAGAAACAUUUAGAUCCCAACAGAAGGGAAACAUUUGCAGAGAGAGAGAGAGAAAACGUACAGUAUGUGAUUUCCACCAUCUAUGGACCAAAUUAAUGUAACAUGCGUUGUUUGCUUGAAACACUUUCCUUAUUAAGGCUUUGGAUUUAAUAGCAUCAUUUGGACUAAUUCUGCUAUGUUUACUCCAGCCAGGCGUCUCUUGCAGCUGAUAUGGCCUUAGAUUUUACAAGCUUUAUACCCUGUUAAUAAUUGCAAACAUCACAAUCUUGGCUUGUUUUUUAUUUCUUGUGCUGUAAAAUGUAUAGCUGAAAUAUUUAAUGUCUUUGUUUCAUGUGAACUUUAUUCUUAUUACCUGCUGUUUUCUUUUUAAUUUGAGCUUUUUAAAGGACGUUAACCCUAAUAACACAAUUCUACCUUUGUUCACAGUAUAUUUUGUUUACCGAGGCCUUGACUGAAUCCAAAUGUCCUUGUAGGGGUAACUAGUAAAGUGCUCCCACACAGUCUUAAAAGGCAGAAAUAGGAGCCUCUGUUUUGGAUGAGUUGAUGAGCGAAUAGUGCUAAUGUUGGAAGCGAAGAUUGGAAAUGAAAACAAAAGCAGAUGAUGCCAGAGAAAGGCAGUCAUUCAAAGGAGAUCUCAGCUUUCUGGGAAGGAUGGAGUUUGAUUGCUUAAACAACACAUCCAUCUUGAUAAAUGUGCCCUGGUUAAAUGUUAGCUGUGCCAAGUAGUGAGGAUAGUGACCGCUGACCUGCUGGAUGCCAAACAAUGCAUGAAAAAGUAAUUGUAGUGGUUACUCUGAGUUAGCCCAUCUAGUCUUUUUUUUUUUGUAAAGAGCAAUGCAGCGUGUAGGUCUUCAAUCUUGCCUAUACUCAUUGCUCCUGUUAUAGGUGUAAAUGUGUUUUUGUUUUGGCCUGUGUCACCUUUGGUUUGUUUGUAUGAUGGUAGAUAAAGUCUGACUGAUAUUGAAAUCCAGUAAUCUGAUAUAUUAGCAGACUUUUUUUUUCCUUUCAGACACACGAAACAAACAGAUUCUCCUAACAUUUGUUGUGUUUAGUUGUUUAUGUACUUGUGUACACUCUGUCCGACUCAGAUGCUCAGAUCAGCUGGCUGUUGCGUUUGCCGCGUUCCAAACACGUGAUGCCAACAGGAACGUUGCAGGGUGCCUGCUGCUGGACAAACUAUGCAACAUCAACACUUAUAACAUGGCUGAAGGAUGUUUCUCCUCUCUCUUCUCUUUAAAUUUUCAUUGGCUUUUGUAAAUGCCAGUACAGAGAGAUCAGAAUUUAGCUACUAUUGGCCUAUUAUGUUGGCGAGUUCUAUGGGCAGCCUUCAGAUUUCCAAAGCAGUGGUUGCUUGAUUUGAGCCCAAGGUUAACAAAAUACUUCUUGCUUCUAAGACUUAAUGUGUGGGUCACAUCAUUAGUUCUGGAAGUUCUGACAAUUUCUAGUAUAACAUAUAAAGUCAGUUUAACUCUUGAAGAUGGAUCGUGCCAUAAAAAUAGUUCUUAGGGUAUCCCUGGGAGCUCAUGCACAGCGUAUUACGCUAGUUUGCCAAAAUUCCAAUAAGUAUUUAUCUGGCAUUUUCAUCACACUUCUCGGGUCUCGUUUUGCCCCCCUUGUAUUUGGACACGUAUGCACAAAUAUUAUGGCCAGGAGUUGCCUUGGUGAUUUUUGUCAAGGCCUUCAGAGGCGUGACUGAGCUGUACAGUCCUUUACUGUCACUUCCCUCUGAGUCAUGCGUCUAACUUGAGCCCAGUCCGUUUUCCGUUAGUGAAUCAGGUGAAGGUCCGAGGAAAAAGAAGUUCCCGUAAAACCGAAAGGAGGAAGUUUUGGUGACUCAUACAUGCUCCUUGGUUACAAGAAAGCUCUGGACACUAUAUCUAAAAGUGCUGAACACAUUAAAGUCAGUGUAUAUAAAAUCAUUUUUGUUCAUUUUUUUAAAAAAUAUUUUGGAGCGAUUUUUAUUUCUUUUUUUUUUUUUUUUUCCAUUCUUGUUACAUGUUUGUAAGCUAUGUAUGCCUAAAGCAGUGUUGUUUGUGUGAAAGAGCAUGACUGGUCAGUUUAUUCUUGCUCAUAAUUAUCAUUUAGAUUGCUGCUGGUUUCUCUUUGGACACUCCUGUCUCUGAACAAACAAAGCAGGACUUCACAACUGAGCAGAAACGACUCUCGACAAUCUGACUUACUGUAAAUGGAGGUGAGCUCACCCUCCAGUGUGGGCAUUGUGUACAGCAGUACAUCAUCUGUUAAUAUUUCUCAAGAAUGUACAUUUUCAUAUAGUUUCAUUUCAUUUUUGUUGCCCAGAUUUUCUCUAAAACUGCCAUGGUUGCAUUGUAUUCACCUCUGCCUGUGUAUAAACCAUAAAACAUGAUUGUACUUUCUCUGUACAAUGAAUUCAUCUCUGUAUUCUGAAGCCUGUAGAUCAGGGAAAACCGUUCAUUUCCAUCUAUUUCAUUUCGAAGCAAGUAAGGAACCCCUUUAGCAUAAGCCGCGUCGCAUUAAACAUUAACAGGAAGCUGGAUGGACAGACUUGUUUGAGUCAGCACUGUCUGUAUCACAAGGCCUUUUAUUAAUUUUAUUAUUAAUUAAAAGCAGAACACUGGCUUUUUAAGUGGGACAUCUGUAACAAUGGACAACUGAACUUUGCCAGUUCGGGCUUUCCUUUUGUACCAUUACGGCAUAUGAAAUAA